AUUUCUGUUACACUCCCUACCCUGCACAAGCUGAACAGAUAUCGUUUGAUACCACAUACCUUUCUGACAUAGCUAGCUAAAUGCAGGCAGGUGUACACAUGUCAUACAAAUGUCCAUUCUUAAAAGCCUUGUAUUGAUUUUUGCAGUGAUUUUACAAAGACACGUGAUGUUUAUUGAAUCUCUUCUCUUUCUCUUAGGGUUAUCACAUCCAUGUUACGGCGUCAGUGAAACCAGAGCCAGUGCAAAUGAGGGACAUCAUCUUCUGCAGUGGAGCCACCCUCCUCCCUAAGAUGCCCUCUUCUCCGAAGCCGCAGACUCUCGUGAUUUCCUGCGAGGAGGACCUGUCUCUGUGCGGCCCGGCCCUCUCUGCAUCUCUUCCAGUCGUCACUGCUGAGUUCCUCCUCACUGGGAUCCUUCAGCAGAGACUUGACCUUCAGACCCACAGACUCUCAGCCCCUGCACAUUCCCUUCAGCCGGCAGGAGGCAGGGGAAGGGGCAGGGGCAGGAAGAAGACUUAGCACCACAGGGGGGUGCUGUGAAUGAAAAAACACCAUGUAGGAAGUAGACUCCCUUUCAAAUCAGAGGCCGUAGAAACACUGUUUUUCUACAAAGGACUUGAAUGUAUUGUAACAAAAUGUUGAAACAUUCUUUUAUAUUUGAAGUUUUCUAUUUUUGUGAGACAGCGAUUAAAGGAAUUUAAAUUAGUCUGUAGUGUUUCCCAUUUUCAUGUUUAAAAUAUAUGUGGAAACCAUUUAGAUUUUAAACUUGCAAGAGCUUACCAUGAUGUUGCUGCUAUGUAAGGUAGGAAAUAAUAACCAGGGGUUGCCCUGGUUCUCAAAGGAGCACCUGGAGAUGUUGCCUGGUGCUCAUCCUUAAAAUGAAA